UAUAAACACACGGUCAUGUUCAAUAUAGCAUGACUCUGCCUCCUUGCAGGCACUAGCUAGCUUCUCACGAACUGUUAUCUGUAGCCCUGUACAGCAUACACUGAUGAAAUUUAGACCAUGGAUGUCAACAACUUUACCACCGAGAGUGUGAGAAGUGACUUCAGUUCUACUCAGUACAGUUCCAUCAUUGAGUACCUUGAUGACUUUGAGGAUUUUGGACCAUGCAAGUAUGAGAGACAUGGAGCUCUGUUCCUGCCUGUCUUUUAUUCCCUGCUCUUCGUAUUAGGGGUGACCAGCAAUGGCCUCGUCAUGUGGGUCAUGCUGAUGUGUGUGAAACUGCAGAGCGUCACUGACAUCUGCCUCCUGAACCUGGCUGUGGCGGAUCUUCUGCUGCUCAUCACCCUUCCCUUCCUGGCCCAUUACUCAAGAGCGGACUGGGUCUUUGGGUCUCACAUGUGCAAAGUCGUCAUGGGCAGCUACUACAUCGGCUUCAACAGCAGCACCUUUUUCGUCGUGAUCAUGAGCAUCGACCGGUACCUGGCUGUAGUUCAUGCCAUAAAUUUCCUCAAAACCAAAACACGCAAAUAUCGAGUCAUCAUGAUCGUCAUAACCUGGAUUGUCGCACUUUUGGCUUCGUUUCCUGAAAUAACACUCAUUGAUGUUUAUCCACGACAUAGCACAAGUUUGUGUGAAGUAGGUUAUAAGAGUGAACCAUUCUGGAGAGCAUUUGGCCUGUUUAAGAUGAAUGUUACCAGCCUUCUGAUUCCAUUUUUCAUCAUGGUCUUUUGCUACUCGAUGAUCCUCAGGAGAAUACUCCUCUGCAAGUCAACAAACAGGAAGACCGUCCGCCUCGUGCUGCUGGUGGUUGUGGUGUUUUUCUGCUGCUGGACCCCGUACAAUGUUGCAUCAUUCUUUGAGGUAUUAGAAGUGCUCGGAAUCUACGCGUCAUGUAAAUCCAGCAAAGCUAUUCUGUUGGCCUUGCAGGUGACGGAGGCUGUAGCCUACUCCCACACCUGCUUAAACCCCAUCAUUUACGUUUUGUGGGGGAGAAGUUCAGGAGACACCUGUUAAAAUUCCUGAACAGGAUGCCCUGCACAAAGAAUAAGUUUACGAUUUCUACUUCCUCAUCACAGCUGUCCCAGACAAGCAAAACUGAACGAUCCAAUACAACUAUGAAUUAUUACAACCGUGUCUCUUCAGUUUAAAUA